AUGAUAUCUGAAAAUAAUGGCAGGAUGGGAACCACAUCAAUAGAGGUUGUGUCUCAAGAGGGCCCCAUGCCGAUAAACCUGAUGAUGCAAGAAGGCGUCAAAGCUUUGACUAAAAUAUUAUCCAAUCAACUACAAGAUAGAAAGACUUUUGAAAAUACUGAACAUCCAAUGCAGUUUGUGGUAAAAAGUGAUGGAGAUUCUUCCCAUUAUUCGAAAUCUGGGGAAAAUGCGUCAAUUACAUCCACAGAUGGUGAUGUUUUAAAGAUGACAAACCAUUUGGCGUUAAAUGGCGCUCAGAAAACUGGAGAUCUCAAUUCUGCGAAUAUACUAAUAGAUAGCAAGAGUGCGGGAGCUUUCUUCGAUGAGGAAUUCCCUGACCCAGAGUUACACAUCAACGGAGAAGAAGCAGAAAUAAUUUUUGACUAUGAAUCACAUGAUAUGGAGGAUCCAACAGAGGGUAUUGGUAGAAAAAUCUCGGAGAUGAUUGAAUCUGUAUUGCCAGGGGGGUUUUCAUCAGAUGCACAGGGGAGAUUACAUGCAAUAGUUAAUGGAAAUGAGCUAAAUAUAACUGAAGAGGUUGAUGAUCAGGGGGAAAUACGACAACAAGAAGCCAAUUUCAAAAAUGUACGGAACUCCAUGAACACUAAUAUAGAUCCUCGAAAUAAUCUCGACGUUACUGAUGUCGACAUCACUGAUGAUAACGAACAUGAACAUCAAGCUGGAAGUGCUGAUGGCUAUCACCAUGAUCGAAAUUGUUGUCCACACCACCAUCCACAAGAGCCCUCGAGAUAUAGAAACUAUAAUUACCAUGAUUUUGAAUAUUCCAAUACCAAUAAUAGAAAACAAGCUCCAAAUUUUUCCACUCUAAUAGAUCAAGAUAAGCCACUUUGUAUGUUUUGUGAAUAUUAUAUGGUGUUUGGAGAGGCCCCACGAAAUAUGAUCAAAUGGUACAAUAAUAUGUAUGGUUAUAAUCGAAUGCCGCCUUCUAGGGACCAUCGUCAUCACCAUAAUCAUGAUCACAACCAUGGACACCAGGAAGGAAAUCGUAAGAGAAACAAAUGA